CACCCAGUGUCUCGGCGGCGCGAGCCGCAACAGGCAGCGGCGGGCGAGCGCGAGGACCGCGCGCCGCGAGGCCCCGCGCGUGCGUGCAGCUCGCGCUCGCGCGCUCAAGCGGGCGGGCUGAGCAGACGAAUCGAGCCCCCGCCGCCGCCGCCGCCGCCGCGGGAGAAGCCUGGGCGGUCCGCUCGGCCGUCGCCUCGAUCCCCGUAACCCCCGCGCCUCCCCGCCCCCGGCCGGGCCAUGGCGGAACGCGGAGGGCCGGGCGGUGGUCCCGGAGGCGCCGGGGGCGGCAGCGGCCAGCGGGGCUCCGGGGUCGCCCAAUCCCCGCCGCAGCCGCCGCCGCCGCAGCAGCCGACGCCGCCGCAGCAGCCGACGCCCCCCAAGCUGGCCCAGGCCACCUCGUCGUCCUCGUCCACCUCGGCGGCGGCCGCCUCCUCCUCGUCCUCGUCCACCUCCACCUCCAUGGCCGUCGCGGUGGCCUCGGGCUCCGCGACUCCCGGCGGCCCGGGGCCAGGCCGCACCCCCGCCCCCGUGCAGAUGAACCUGUAUGCCACCUGGGAGGUGGACCGGAGCUCGUCCAGCUGCGUGCCCAGGCUGUUCAGCUUGACCCUGAAGAAACUCGUCAUGCUAAAAGAAAUGGACAAAGAUCUUAAUUCGGUGGUCAUCGCUGUGAAGCUGCAGGGUUCAAAAAGGAUUCUUCGCUCCAACGAAAUCAUCCUUCCAGCCAGUGGACUGGUGGAGACAGAGCUCCAGUUAACCUUCUCCCUUCAGUACCCUCAUUUCCUGAAGCGAGAUGCCAACAAGCUGCAGAUCAUGCUGCAGAGGAGAAAGCGUUAUAAGAACCGGACCAUCCUGGGCUAUAAGACCCUGGCCGUGGGGCUCAUCAACAUGGCGGAGGUGAUGCAGCACCCGAACGAAGGCGCCCUGGUGCUGGGCCUGCACAGCAACGUGAAGGACGUCUCCGUGCCCGUGGCAGAAAUAAAGAUCUACUCCCUGUCCAGCCAGCCCAUUGACCACGAGGGGAUCAAAUCCAAGCUGUCUGACCGCUCUCCUGAUGUUGACAAUUACUCUGAGGAAGAGGAGGAGAGUUUCUCAUCGGAACAGGAAGGCAGUGAUGACCCGCUGCACGGCCAGGACCUGUUCUACGAGGACGAGGAUCUGCGGAAAGUAAAGAAGACCCGGAGGAAACUCACCUCCACGUCCGCCAUCACAAGGCAACCUAACAUCAAGCAGAAGUUUGUGGCCCUCCUGAAGCGGUUUAAAGUUUCAGACGAGGUGGGCUUUGGGCUGGAACAUGUGUCCCGGGAGCAGAUUCGAGAAGUGGAAGAAGACUUGGACGAGCUGUACGACAGCCUGGAGAUGUACAACCCCAGCGACAGUGGCCCCGAGAUGGAGGAGACAGAGAGCAUCCUCAGCACGCCAAAGCCCAAGCUCAAGCCCUUCUUUGAGGGGAUGUCACAAUCCAGCUCCCAGACGGAGAUCGGCAGCCUCAACAGCAAGGGCAGCCUCGGCAGAGACGCCACCAGCCCUAUGGAAUUGGCUGCGCUAGAAAAAGUCAAAUCUGCUCGGAUUAAAAAUCAAGAUGACAGCUUGACUGAAACAGACACUCUGGAAAUCACUGACCAGGACAUGUUUGGAGAUGUGAGCACGAGUCUGGUUGUGCCCGAGAAAGUCAAAACUCCCAUGAAGUCCAGCAAAACGGACCUGCAGGGCUCCGCCUCCCCCAGCAAAGUGGAAGGGGUGCACACCCCCCGGCAGAAGAGGAGCACCCCCCUGAAGGAGCGGCAGCUCUCCAAGCCGCUGAGCGAGAGGACCAACAGCUCCGACAGCGAGCGGUCCCCAGACCUGGGCCACAGCACACAGAUUCCUAGAAAGGUGGUCUAUGACCAGCUGAACCAGAUCCUGGUGUCAGAUGCGGCCCUCCCAGAAAACGUCAUCCUCGUCAACACCACUGACUGGCAGGGCCAGUACGUGGCGGAGCUGCUGCAGGACCAGCGGAAGCCCGUCGUGUGCACGUGCUCCACGGUGGAGGUCCAGGCCGUGCUGUCCGCCCUGCUCACCCGCAUCCAGCGCUACUGCAACUGUAAUUCCUCCAUGCCGAGGCCGGUGAAGGUGGCAGCAGUGGGCGGCCAGAGCUACCUGAGCUCCAUCCUCCGCUUCUUCGUCAAGUCGCUGGCCAGCAAGACCUCGGACUGGCUGGGCUACAUGCGCUUCCUCAUCAUUCCCCUCGGUUCUCACCCAGUGGCCAAAUACCUGGGCUCCGUCGACAGCAGGUAUAGCAGCACCUUCCUUGAUCCUGGCUGGAGAGAUCUGUUCAGCCGCUCGGAGCCCCCGGUGUCAGAGCAACUGGACGUGGUGGGGCGGGUGAUGCAGUACGUCAGCGGGGCGGCCGUGACGCACCAGCUGCCUGUGGCGGAAGCCAUGCUCACCUGUAGGCACAAGUUCCCUGAUGAAGACUCGUAUCAGAAGUUCAUCCCCUUCAUUGGCGUGGUGAAGGUGGGUCUGGUUGAAGACUCUCCUUCCACAACAGGUGAUGGUGACGACGCACCCGUGGUCAGCCUGACUGUGCCUUCCACGUCGCCACCCUCCAGCUCGGGCCUGAGCCGAGAUGCCACGGCCACCCCUCCCUCCUCCCCGUCCAUGAGCAGCGCCCUGGCCGUCAUGGGGAGCCCCAGCAGCCCGUACGGGGACGUGAUUGGCCUCCAGGUGGACUACUGGCUGGGCCACCCUGGGGAGCGGAGGAGGGAAGGCGACAAGAGGGACGCCAGCUCCAAGAACACCCUCAAGAGCGUCUUCCGCUCAGUGCAGGUUUCCCGCCUGCCCCACGGCGGGGAGGCCCAGCUCUCCGGCACCAUGGCCAUGACCGUGGUCACCAAAGAGAAGAACAAGAAAGUUCCCACCAUCUUCCUGAGCAAGAAGCCUAGAGAAAAGGAGGUGGAUUCUAAGAGCCAGGUCAUCGAGGGCAUCAGCCGCCUCAUCUGCUCUGCUAAGCAGCAGCAGACCAUGCUGAGAGUGUCCAUCGACGGGGUCGAGUGGAGCGACAUCAAGUUCUUCCAGCUGGCAGCCCAGUGGCCUACCCAUGUCAAGCACUUUCCAGUGGGACUGUUCAGUGGCAGCAAGGCCACCUGAGGGCACCGUCUCCCAGCCACGCCCCCUCCUGGCGCUGCCACCAGCCUCACCGCCUGCAGGCAGGGGGAGGCCAGCAGGCCCCGGGCCCAGUGUCCCCUCUGCUGGCCCCGGGGCCUGCAUCUCCCUGGCCCGGUCUUGCCGGACACUGCCACCCACCGGGGCCGCCGUUCCCCGCCACUGCUCAGUCCCAGUCCUGGGCAGCCCCCCAACUCCUUCCUUUUCCUCCCCCUCCACUCCUGGCCCAAGGCAUGUUGACUGUGCCUUUCGGUGCCCGCCCCUGGCCCCUGGAAUCGAGUCCUCCAGGCCUUCCCUCACCUCACCUGACUUCAGCAUCUUUCUCCACGUGGCACCAGUUCUCUUCCUGGAAAUAGGAAACCUGGGGUCCUGGCCCAUGGCCAGCAUUCCAGCCUCCCCCUGCCACCCCCAGGAUCCCAUCUUCUAAAACUCAGCUGCCAGACACCACACAGUCGGCCUCCCUCUGGGGAUGCCCAGCACCAAGGCCACUUCCCCCUGCUGAGGGGGUGACAAGGGCACAGACACCCCCCCACCCCAAGACAGAGUUGCUGCUGCGAUGCGUGGGUUUCUGGGGUGGAGGAGCCUUCGUGGUCUCACCCUGCAUGGUUCCCCCACGCCCAGGUCCCCUGGAGGUGUCACAUGUGUCCCUGAGCAGUUCUUUGGUUCUCUGCACCACCAGUCUCUCAGUGGUUUUCUGUGACUCGCCAGGGGGCUGGGACCUGUCCUUGGAUCUCCCCCCGCCCCGUUGAGGACUUUCCUCCCCGGCCCUGGCUCCGGCCCCGGGGAGGUGGGCGGCAGACCCUGCCAACAUGUCUGCGGCCCAGUCCCUUCCGUUCCCUGCACCCCGUGUCCUCCCCUCCUCACCUGGGCCCCUGGCCUGGGCAGGCCCCGUCCUCCCAGGCCUCCCCCUCUGUGGCCUCGGCGCCUGAGCCCCUCCUCAGCCCCCACCAUCGGCCUUGGCCUUCCCGGAGACCCAAGGCACGUGGGGCGGAGCUCCGGCCGCAGCCCGCCAACGCCUCCGCCUCCGGAGCUUCGGCCCUGGCCCUCUCACCCCUUCUAGAAGUUUUUGCACAGAACUUCAUUUUGGAAAGUGUUUUUCUCAUUCUCCAUACCUCCCCCAGACUCCGCCAGCCCUUCCCCCGGUGCAGCCCUGCCGUCCAGAGUGUCCCCAGGACUGUGCUGCUCACUCGGCCGGAGAGAGGGGCAGGGUGGGAGGGGCUGAGGAUGUUGGGUUUUUCAUUCAAUAAACUGGUGAUUUCUUACCAACGAGCAA